UGUUCACCUGGUUUUGCUCUGCUUUUCGGUUCCAUUUCUUUAUUAAAGAUUGGGCUACACAUACAUAUUUCAUUAUUUUUCCUUUUUCGCUUUCUUCGACAGUUUAAAGCUGCAAGUGUGGCGCACGAUAAGAAGAGCACACCCCUUUUUUUUCUUGGAGAGAGAGAGAGAGAGGAGGAAUGGGGUUUGAUGAUGAGUGUUUUUCAUCGAAAGGUCGGUUUCUUUUGGAAGAUAAAAACAAGCACUUGAUUAGUAUUAUUAUUAUAAAUAAUAUAAAGGAAAGGAAAUAAAGGAAAAGAAAGGAAAGGAAGGAAAGAGAGAGAGACCACUUGUGGACGCUUUGGUCCGCGUGCUUUGAUGCAAACUGAUGGAGUUUUUGUUUUGGCUGUUGCUGUGUUGUAGUCGAUGAGAAAAAAAAAAAGCUCCUCAACAAAAAAAAAAAAAAAAACCAUCAAAAAGAUCUUUUGCAGUACUAGUCCCCCUCCUUUUUGCAGGUUUUGUUCCUUCACUUUGGUUGGAUUCUGAUUGGAUUGUUUGUAUUCUCGGAGAAUAACAUGGGAUUCUCACUCUAACACAACAUCAUGGGUCAGUUCUAAUUCGUAAUUUUCCCCACCAUUCCUUUCUCUUUCUCUCUGUUUUUUUGGAUUCUUUUAGCUCCGAAAAGAAAAAAAAAUGGAAGAUUUGUUCUUGGCGGGGAAGUGAUGUUUUGGGAGCUGAGGUUAAGAAUAAGGUUUCUGGGUUUUGCAUCGAAGACGUGAGCAAAAUAUGGGGUCUUCUUCUUUUUUGUCUUCUUCUGUUUGAAGAAUAUAUAACAAAGGAGGGAAAAGCAAGAUGGGAACUAUGGAGGAAAAGAUCAAAACAGGUUCACCAGCAAAUCUUCUUGAGGAAAUGAAGUUGUUGAAAGAAAUGCAGCAGGAUCAGAGUGGGUCUAAAAACUCCAUAAAUUCAGAGUUAUGGCACGCCUGCGCUGGCCCGCUUGUUUCGUUGCCUCAGGUGGGAAGUCUCGUGUAUUACUUCCCUCAAGGACAUAGCGAGCAAGUAGCGGUUUCUACUAAAAGAAAAGCAACUUCACAGAUUCCCAACUACCCAAAUCUCCCUUCUCAGUUGAUGUGCCAAGUCCAGAAUAUUACACUUCAUGCAGACAGAGAUACAGAUGAAAUCUAUGCUCAAAUGAGUCUUCAACCGGUGAAUUCUGAGAAAGAUGUGUUCCCGGUGCCGGACUUUGGACUGAAGCCGAGCAAACAUCCAACUGAGUUUUUCUGCAAAACUCUGACUGCGAGUGAUACCAGCACGCAUGGUGGUUUCUCAGUGCCGCGGAGGGCUGCAGAGAAGCUUUUCCCUCCACUGGACUAUACAAUGCAACCACCAAAUCAAGAACUUGUUGUCCGAGACUUGCAUGACACUACCUGGACAUUUCGCCAUAUAUACCGCGGCCAGCCAAAGCGGCACCUUCUCACCACAGGAUGGAGUUUGUUCGUUGGUGCAAAGAGGCUUAGAGCUGGGGACUCUGUUUUGUUCAUCAGGGAUGAAAAGUCACAGUUGAUGGUGGGCGUGAGGCGUGCGAAUCGUCAGCAGUCAACAUUGCCAUCGUCGGUUCUAUCUGCUGACAGUAUGCACAUUGGUGUCCUUGCUGCCGCCGCUCAUGCUGCAGCUAAUCGGAGCCCGUUCACUAUAUUCUACAAUCCCAGGGCGUGUCCUUCAGAAUUUGUCAUUCCUUUGGCCAAAUACCGAAAAGCUGUGUAUGCAACGCAACUUUCGGUUGGCAUGAGGUUUGGAAUGAUGUUUGAGACUGAGGAAUCUGGUAAACGCAGAUAUAUGGGUACUAUAGUAGGUAUUAGUGACUUGGAUCCACUGAGAUGGCCUGGUUCAAAAUGGAGAAAUCUUCAGGUAGAGUGGGAUGAGCCAGGUUGCUGUGACAAACAGAACAGGGUCAGUCCAUGGGAAAUUGAGACUCCAGAGAGUCUUUUCAUUUUCCCUUCGCUGACUGCAGGUCUUAAACGACCAUUUCAUGCCGGGUAUUUGGAGACUGAAUGGGGAAAUAUGGUAAAAAGACCUUUUAUCCGGGUUCCUGAGAACGGAAGUGCAGAUCUUCCUUACUCAAUUUCAAAUCUAUAUUCUGAACAACUGAUGAAGGUGCUACUGAAGCCACAACUUAUUAACUACUCUGGAACGUUAGCUUCCUUACAACAAGAGGCGGCAGCCAAGGCUGAUCCACCACAAGAUAUGAAGAUGCAGGCAACAAUGAAUCAAAAACAUCCAAUUGUUUGUUCGGAAAGUUUGGCUCUUCAAAACCAAAUCAGCCCCCAAUCAUCUCUUGACCAAUCUUGUGUUUCUAACUUGAAUUCAUCAGCAAAUGCAAAUAAUCCACCUGGAAACUUCAACUCUGCAGCCAAAGUGGAAGGCCGAAAGGUUGGGGGGAUUAGCACUGAAAAGUCCAAGUUUGAAAAUGAAGUCUCAACGGAUCAGUUAAGCCAGUUAGCCUCAACAGAACAGGGCAAUGACGAGAAAUUGGCUGCAGGCAUUGCGAAUCCACAGGCCAUAAUAAACCAGCUGACACACCUCAACCAGAACCAGAAUCCAGUACAAUUGCAAACUAGUCAGUGGGGCAUACAGCCGCCACUUGAAUCAUUGAUGUAUCUCUCCCAACAAACUGAAGCAAUGCCAUCUGAUAUCACUAGCACAAAUGUCUCACUUCCAUCCCUAGACACUGAUGACUGCAUGUUCUACCCAUCUUGCCAGCCUUAUGCUGGACUUCUUAGAUCACCGGGCCCUUUAUCUGUUUUCGGCUUGCAAGACUCUUCAGUUUUUCCUGAAUCAAAUAAUUUCCCUUUGCCUUCAAUAGGGCAGGGCAUGUGGGAUAACCAUAACCUAAAAGUACAACCAGAUCAGGUCCCUCCAUUCUCUCAACAAGACGCAAGUAACAUUAAUUGUAUAUCUAACUCAAGCAGUCUUAGAGACUUAUCAGAUGAGAGUAACACUCAAAGUGGGAUCUACAGUUGUCAGAAUAUUGAUGGUAGCAAUGGGGGAAGUAUCGUGGUUGACCCGUCUGUUUCAAGCACGAUUCUGGAUGACUUUUCCACAUUGAAGAAUGUGGAUUUCCAGAACCCUUCAGACUGUUUAGUGGGCAAUUUCAGCUCUAGCCAAGAUGUUCAGUCUCAGAUAACCUCCGCAAGCCUUGGAGACUCUCAGGCUUUCUCUAGACAAGAUCGUCAAGACAACUCAGGUGGCACGUCUUCAAGCAAUGUUGAUCUUGAUGACAGCAGUCUUCUUCAGAAUAGCUCGUGGCAACAAGUAGUUCCACCUGUGCGUACUUACACGAAGGUUCAAAAAGCAGGGUCUGUAGGACGAUCAAUCGAUGUGUCGAGUUUUACGAACUACGAUGAACUUUGCGCUGCAAUUGAAUGCAUGUUUGGACUUGAAGGGCUGCUUAAUGACCCAAGAGGUUCUGGAUGGAAGUUGGUUUAUGUGGAUUAUGAGAAUGAUGUCCUACUCGUUGGUGAUGAUCCUUGGGAGGAGUUUGUGGGGUGUGUUCGAUGCAUCAGAAUUCUCUCACCAACAGAAGUUCAGCAGAUGAGUGAAGAGGGAAUGAAGCUUCUCAACAGUGCUGCAAUGCAAGGAAUCAACGGCUCCAUUCUAGAAGCUGGCCGUGCUUGAGAAAAUAGUUCACCACACUAUUGCUUUUAAAUCACACUGGGCUACCUUGUAGUGGUAGUUUGUUGGUAAAAUUAUACCAAUACAAGUGCAAAAGCAGAGUCAAUCAAUGUGGGUGCACUGAUGUUGUUAGCUUUUGAUAUUUUACGUGGAUGUAAUGUAUGACCAAUUGACAUUGUCAAUCACCAGAACAUGCAGGGAUUUGAGGGACUAGUUGAGGUAACUUUUUUAUUUUUUUUUCUUUUUUUUUUUCUUUUCCCUCUUAGCAUACUAGAGUUUGUUGUUGAAGUUGAAGUUGAUGAUGGCAAACACUGAGAACAGAUGGAUUCUUGACCUAAAUUAUUGCGGCCUCUUACAGAACAUAUUUAUAAAAUGCAAUC